AUGAGUGGCAGCGGAAGCGGCGGUAACGAAGAAGACGAAGAUGGCACACACCAUGAUGAGCAGGAAGGCCAGCGGCAGCGACAAGGUCGCGGAGGCGGUGGGCGCCAGAAGCAUCAGCACAGGCACGAGGACGUGGUGCGAAAAGUGCUGAACGCACACAACCCAGACCCGCAAGCGGCGCUGCGGGCGCUGCGCAGCUGCACCAAGGCGGUGGAUCCGGAAAGCGCCUACGCCAUCGUGGAGCACCUGCGCAAGAGCGGCAUCACGCCUUCGCAGGCGCACCUCCACGCGUGGCUGGCGUGUGCAAGCCCAAGGCGCGAUGGCCGCGGCAUCCUCGACAUGAUGGCGCGGUACGGGAUGGUCAUUGACCAGGACACGGUGCUCAGCGCCGCGCAGGGCGCAGUGCGGCACCGCGCGUGGACGCACUUUGACCAGUACAUGCAGUGGAUCGACGCGUACGGCAUCAAGCCAGACCACCUCUUCUACUCGCGCCUCCUCACCUUGCUGGCGGAGACGAGCAACCUGCCACCGGCGGAGUUUGUGCUGCAGCACGCGGCCGCACACGGCGUGGUCAUGGACCCGGUCAUGCUGAGCGCCAUGCUGUCCCUCAACCACGCCUACAGGCGCUUUGACCGCGUUGUGGAGCUCUACGACACAUACCGCCAGGGGCCCGUCAAGAUGACGGUGAAGACAUUCAGCGCCGCCAUCAACGCCCUCACCUUCUCCACGCGCGUGCGCGACGCAGAGCGCAUGUUUGCCGACAUUCGCCGGUGCAAGCUGCCCGUGCAGGUGCCGCACUACACGGCGCUGAUGAACGUGUAUGGCGAGUGCGGGCGUCUUGACGACGUGUUCCGCCUGUUUGCGGAGGUGGAGGGCACCCACCGCCUCCCUGACGCCAUCACGUUCGUGACCAUGCUGCGCGCGUGCGCCAAGGCGGGCGACCGUGAGCGCGCGGCGUUUGUCUGGCGACACAUGCAGGACAAGUACGGCAUUGUUCCCGACGAGCCGGCGUGGAAUGCUUACAUCAGGGCGCAUGCCGACCCAACCAACAUGAGUCACGUGCGCGGCCUGACACUGGCCAUGCGGGCGGCCGGCGUGCCCAUGACCAUCUUCUACUUCAACCACCUCAUGCACGUGUUUGCUGCGGCGGGCAGGCCGCGCGAUGUGGAGCAGCUGGUGAGCAAGGCAGAGGCGCUCGGUCUCCGCCCAACUGUCCUUGAGCGCAUGGCAGAGGCCGGCAUCACCCGCAAUGACGUGCGCGUGUACACGUGCAUGCUCGAAGCCCUCGCCGCCGCCAAGCAGUGGGACGAGAUCCUCUCCACUUGCCAGCGCAUGCUUGACGCGUGGGUCCUGCUUGACGCGCGUGCGUUUGUGCCCGUGCUGCGUGCGCUUGUUGCGCGUGGGCAGGCGGCUGCGGCGAUGAAUGUGCUGACGGUGGAUAUGGGCCGGCAUCUGGCGCGCUAUGACGCCCGCCACCUUGCCACUGUCCUGCAGGGGCUCACACGCGCCGCCACUGCCACUGCCGGUGAUGGUGAUGGUGGUGGUGGUGACGUGGCUGGUGAAGGAGUUGGUGAUGUUGGUGGCAGUGUUGUUGGUGGUACAAACGAGGGCGCAUCGGAGGGGCAGGAAGAGGGUGAUGGUGCGCGACAGCAGCUGGAGCGGGUGGUGGCGCUGGCGGUGGAGUGGCUCGACACACACGCACGUGCGGGUGGCGAUGGUGGGGAUGGUGAUGGUGAGGAGGAGCAAGGAAGAGAUGCAAGGGCCGUGGCGGGGCUGCGACGCGCUCUUGAUGCAGCACGUGCAACCUUGGGAGGGCCGGAGGCCAAGUGA